UAUCUUUCAUUUUUCCAACAUUCUUGCAUUCCCAUUUUCUCUCUAUUUCUUUCCAUCAAUUUUUUGAAUUAACGCCACCAGAAAUUUUGCAUCAAAUUUUCUCAAAAAUAUCCUUGAUAUUCAUCAAUUCAACAACAACAACAACAAACCAUUCUGCCUUCUUCUUCCUUUGGAUGCAUCGCCCUCUCUCUCUCUCUCUAGAGUUGCGGAGUGAAAACUCCAUUGUCUUCCUCUCUUUUCUCCGUUUCAGGGCUGUUUGUUGUUUUGGUGGAGGAAUUUUGAGGUUAACUAUUUGAAGUCAUUGAUCCAUUGUUGCUGGUGAAGCAAAUAGAGUUUGAAGUUUGAUUUGGUGUAAUUGAUUUUGAUGAUAAGAGUUUUGUACACAAGAAGAAGAGAAGCCAUAUGAUGGCAACAGCUGCAAUAAUUGGGCUUGGUGCAGCGAAAAGGCUGUUGAAUUCUUCAUCCUAUUAUUCUGAUUUCACAGAAAAGAUUUUGUAUGUUAAUAAUGAUCACAGGUUGGGACAAACCCAAGUUUCCCCCACAAAGAGUGUGGUAAUAGCGAAAAGUUCGGCUAACUUUUCGCCGAGCUAUCCAUCGUCGAAUCGGCACUCACAAUGCAUCAAAGCUGUGAAGGAACAUGUAGAUACUCCCUCUUCUCCAACUGCAGAGCCAUGGCUUCAUAACACCACAAUCUGGGAAGAUGAAGAAAUUGAUCUGAAAUGUACUGUGGAGGCUCUUCUUUUGCUGCAAAAGUCCAUGUUGGAGAAGCAAUGGAAUCUAUCUUUUGAGCAAACCGUGUCGACCGAUGCGCCUAGAGGAAAAACAGAAAAGAAAGUACCUGUCACUUGUUCUGGUGUGUCUGCACGGCAAAGAAGAAUGAGUUCUAAGAGGAAAAUACAGAGCAAACAUGUUUUUAUGGCUCAACCAAAAAUCAGCAAACAGUUAAGACCUACCAUCAGUCCUGAGCUACUCCAAAAUCGAUUGAAGGGCUAUGUGAAAGGUUUAUUAAGUGAAGAGUUGCUUUCUCAUGCCGAAGUUGUUCGUCUUUCGAAGAAAAUUAAGGUUGGUCUCGCGUUAGAGGAGCGUAAAACCAGACUAAAGGAAAGACUAGGAUGUGAGCCCUCUGAAGACCAACUAGCAAUAUCACUUAAAAUUUCUCGUGCCGAAUUACGGUCAAGAGUAAUGGAAUGUUCAUUGGCAAGAGAGAAGCUAGCGAUGAGCAACGUUCGUUUGGUAAUGUCCAUUGCACAAAGAUAUGAUAACAUGGGGGCUGAAAUGGCUGACUUAGUUCAGGGAGGCUUGAUUGGACUUCUCCGUGGGAUUGAGAAGUUUGAUUCUUCCAAGGGGUUUAAAAUCUCAACCUAUGUUUAUUGGUGGAUACGCCAGGGUGUUUCAAGAGCAUUAGUUGAGAAUUCAAGAACUCUGAGAUUGCCAACUCAUUUGCACGAAAGAUUAGGAUUGAUUCGCAACGCCAAAGUUAGAUUGCAAGAAAAAGGAAUCACUCCAUCACUUGAUAGGAUUGCAGAAUCCCUCAACAUGUCCAAAAAGAAAGUCAAGAAUGCCACAGAGGCAAUCAGCAAGGUGUUUUCACUCGACCGAGAAGCAUUCCCUUCAUUAAAUGGUCUUCCUGGCGAAACUCAUCAUAGUUAUAUCGCAGAUAACUGCCUCGAGAACAACCCAUGGCAUGGAACAGACACAUGGAUUCUGAAGGCUGAGGUUAACAAACUCAUAAAUAUGACACUUGGGGACCGAGAAAGAGAGAUCAUACGCCUUUACCAUGGUCUGGAUAAUGAAUGUCUGACAUGGGAGGAAAUAAGCAAACGCAUAGGGUUGUCCAGAGAAAGGGUAAGGCAAGUUGGAUUGGUGGCAUUGGAGAAACUAAAGAAGGCAGCCAAGACGAGGAAGAUGGAAGCCAUGUUGCUUAAACAUUAAUUUGUUAAAAACAUAUAAUUACAAGUCAUACGUUGUAGAGACCGUCCAUUGUCUACUGUAUAUAUACAGAAAGCGAUACUGUGUUAUUUGCCAUUGUGAUUUUGAUCAGAAAUAGCGAUAACAGAUCAUAGGGAAAGCUUCUGGAACGAGAUUUGCAUCCGUUGCCAAAGGAAGUUGUUGAUUCGUGUUGCCAUCUACUAAAUGUGAAUCAAUUUUUUGUGAA